AUGGCGACACGUGGGAGACCGACGCUCUAUGAGAGCGAUGAGUUGCGGCUUGGCUCUGGACAAAUCCGGCUGCUCACCAUCUCGCAAAGUCCGUCUCCGAGCAACGAUGUCCCGCUUGAAUGCAGUCUCAGCGUCGUGGACCUGGACCCUGUCGCAGACUACUACGCGCUGUCAUACACAUGGGGUGCCCCAGCCGAAUAUGGGCCCCUGAGCCGACUGAGUGAAAGCCCGGACUGUCCCAUCCUCUGCAACGGCAGGCUGCUCCAUGUCACGGCAAACCUCCGCUGCUUUCUGCUUCGGGCUAGGCAGAUGCCCGGUCUCGCGGCCAAGCGGUUCUGGAUCGAUGCCAUUUGUGUCAACCAGCAAGACAAGAGCGAGCGAAGCGCCCAGGUGAUGCUCAUGGCAAACAUCUACAGCACGGCUGCCGUGGUCAUCUCGUGGCUGGGCGAGCAGGACCAUCACACCGAGCCGGGCUUUGCGUUGCUCAUGAAACUUAGAGCGACCUCGGGCCACUCAUCGCAGCUGCUUGACGCUCUAUCCAGGCUAUCGCCUGACUCCCACGACUUUGGCGAUGACGAGCAGAUGGCAGCCUUCUCUUGCCGACAGUCGUGGGUGUCCGUUGCCCAUGUCUUUCAACGAAGAUACUUCACCCGGGCCUGGAUCAUCCAGGAAGUUGUCCUGGCGAAGACUGUCAAUGUUCUCUGCGGCGGCCACGAGCUCGAUUGGUCCGUCAUCGCCGAAGCAUCCCACUUUUUCUCGACUUCUGCGUGGGCGCAGCACCUUACCGACCUCUUCAUGGAAUCUGCCGGACUGCCGCCACCACACCCGGGGCCACAAGCCUGCGAAAACCUUGAGUUUUGCUACCAGUCCGCCACCAUACUCCGAGCGACAGCCAAGGAAAGGAAACAGCGUAAACAGCAAGGAUAUCGAGCCGAGAACCGCGGCGCCUGGGCUAAAAGCCUCGUUUACACACUCAUCCGGGCGCGCGGGUUCAAGUCCACGGAUCCGCGCGACAAGGUCUACGCGGUGCUUGGCCUCGUCCACGAAUACGCGCAGGAUAAACCCGGAUUGAUCCCCGAGUACGACGUGCCAACCCCCGCGGCCGCAUUUACCCGAGCCGCCAUCCAGAUUCUCGAGGACGGCGGCGGUGACCUCCUCCUUCUGUCAUGCGUAGAGGGCGAAAAGUUCCAGAAAGCAGCCACAGGCCGUCUCCCCUCGUGGGUGCCUGACUGGUCCUCCGAGGAGCUCACGGGUCUACGCGUGACUGGCUACGAACGAUACUCAGCCUCGGGCGAACUCAAGCAACACCCAGUUGUCGAUAGGGAAGGGGAAACCCUCAGCUUGCACGGAAUCGAACUGGACCAUGUCACCAUGGUGGGCGAGACCAAGCAGUCCGUCUUGCGCGGCGAGCCGUUCCCCCAGUGGCUGAAAAUCGUCGACUCUCUCAAGACGACCUACCGCCACCAGAAGGGCGCCGAACAACACAAGGUGGACGUCUUCUGGCGGACCCUGAUCAGCAAUACAGCGGGGUCCCCACCUCAGGUCGUCCAGGACGGCCAUUCCCUGGGCGCGUCUUUUGCCCGGUGGUUUUUCGAAACCACAGGUCCUGUCGUUGGUGGUUCCCAGGACGGUCAAGACUACGGUGACGCAUGGCAUGCCUUGGCCGAUCGCUUUGGGAAGUUGCUGGAUGAGAGAUGGGAUGCGCAGAGUCGCCGCGUGGCGAGCACGAGCGAGUUUCUGACGCCCUUCUCCAAGGGUCAGCAUCUGAGGCUGUUUAGAACGGCUGGCGGCUAUCUCGGAUUUGGGACUGAGUGUGUCCAAGUCGGCGACUUGGUCUACAUUGUGCCUGGCUCUCGCGUGCCGCUGUUGUUGAGGAGGGCGAAACUUGACCGCACCGAAGACCAAUCCAGAAAGAGUCGGCAUCGGCUGGUUGGCGGGGCGUAUCUCCAUGGUGUCAUGGACGGCGAAUGUGUCUCCCCGACGGCCACCGGGAAGUUUGUGGAAGGAAUCCGAGGCUUGAUGAAGACCUUUACGCUUGAAUAG